AUGUCCAAAAUACGAAAACGGAAAGAUCGCGUUAAGCUACAAAGAGCAGAAGGCGGGAACACCCACCACUGCUGUGUCCCGCUGUGCACCGCUGGGGGGAGGUUCAACAAGAUGUUAAGUUUCCACUGCUUUCCCAAGGAUCCUGAAUUGCGCGCACAAUGGCUGAUGAAAAUCAGAAGGCACGGCUUCAUUGUUACCACCAGCUCUAGAGUGUGUAGUCGGCAUUUCGAGACUGGAGACAUCUUCGUGUCUUCCUGUGGGAAGCGCUGUCUUCAGCCCAAAGUUGUCCCAUCGUUAUUCCACUGGAAUAAUUUUUCGAAAAAGACCGAGCGACCUGGAGUUUUGGAGCAUCGCGUUAAAUAUGAAACCAUAUCAGGGGAGCUCGACGAGCUCAGGCUGCAGCUCGGGUCUUAUCAGUCGACUCAGGGACUGCAGCGAUUUGCCACAUCAGCUGAUGACAGUCGGGACUAUACAAGGGACCCUGAAGCCAAGGGUGCACAGCACAGUGUUACAAGAGAUCAUGACUACUGCUCAGUCCCUGAGCCGUCAGCAGAAGACCUGUCCAAAGACGUGGAGAGUCUGAGGAAGGAAAUACAGGCGUUACGUGUCCAGCGAGAGUUUGGGUUACAGCGGUUUGCUGGCUCUGACACUGACAUCCAAUUCUAUACCAGAUUUCCAAGCUAUGAUCAUUUGAUGGCAUUCUGGGUUUUGAUUGAGCCUUGCAUCUAUAAAAUGAUCCGGGCUUCAAGAGCCAAGUCAGCUGCCACCACGGACGAAGAAGUGUUGACACCUGCACGCACACAAGCG